AUGCCUUCGCUUGCCGAUAGAAUCAAGAGCCUAGUGAAGAGGCAGUCUUCCAAACAGAACGACCAGCCCAAGGCGGAACCAUUCACUCCUGAGAAGCAGGCCCAACCUCAAAAGAACCAGAUACAGAGGCCGCUGAAGACCUAUAAUCGCGCUGCGAUGCAACCGACUUCUUCGGCGGCGACGGUGACAGGCACGUUAUCGAUUGCACUGGUCAACCAGACCAGCUCGAGCCAGGUGUAUGCGUAUAUCACCGGGCUGGCGCUCGAUAACAACAAUGCCGUAUUCCUCCUUCAGUCGGACGCGAAGACUCCCUACUAUCCAGCAAGCCCAUCUGCUACUGGACAAGCUCUCGGUGCAAACUGCUCAAUUCCUUUGGGUGGACCAGGGAACACGGUCAACGCUACAAUCCCACGUCUGGCAGGCGCUCGAAUCUGGUUCUCUGUGGACAAAGAGUUGACCUUCCUUCUCAACCCUGGCCCAGGUCUCGUAGAACCCUCAGUGUUCAAUCAGUCCGACCCUAACUAUAACACCAACUUCAGCUUUUGCGAGUUCACCUUCAAUUCGGCGCAGGUCUUUGUGAAUAUCAGUUACGUCGACUUUGUCAGCAAUUUACCGGUUGCUCUCACGCUGAACGACACUGCGGGUAGCGUUCAGCAUGUUGGUGGCAUGAGAGCUGAUGGCCUUGCCACGGUCGCCAAAGGCUUGCGUGCCCAGACGGCGAAAGAUGGUCGACGAUGGAGUUCUUUGAUCGUGCAGAGUGGUGGCAAGGAUUUGAGGGCUCUGUCGCCCAAUUCUGGUAUCACGAACAAUCCAGACUGGUUCGCCACGUACUGGACGGAUUAUGUCAAUCAAGUCUGGACCCGCUACCAGACCCAAACCCUCACAGUCGACACGCAAGCCCAAUGGGACGAAGUAACCGGCAAAGUCGACUCCUCCGGAAUCCUCGACUUCGGCGACGGCAGCCGCUUUGCAAAACCAACAUCCAAGGACAUCUUCGGCAACAGUACGGGUCCGUUCGCUACCGGUAGUAACGCGAAGACGAACGCCAUUAUUCCGCGGCUUGCUGCGGCGUUCAAUCGAAGUACGUUGUUGUUGUCGAGUACGACGCCGAAUGGGACGAAUCCGGGGCAGUACUACAAGGCCGAUAUUACGAAUCACUACUCCCGAAUCGUCCACGCUGCUAACGUCGAUGGACUUGGAUAUGCGUUCCCCUACGACGACGUCUCCCCUGACGGCGGGCAGCCACAAGAGGGAGCCAUUUUCAGCUUCUCCCCUACGAAGCUGACGGUGACUGUGGGAGGCAACAAUGCCUCCGCUUGA